AUGGCAACGCAGACACCGCCUUUCUACAUUUUAAUCUCACAGUCAUCCCCAGGCAGACCAGUUUCCCUUGCGCAUCCGACCGUCCAGUUGCACUAUGCAGACGAUCCACCGACCGCGCUCCUUCCAACGGCAGAGCAUCCAAAUAUACUCAUCUUAGAGCCAUCUAUGCACAUCCAAGAGACUUCUACGUCUGUCUUUCAGAGCUCGAGCCCGCCAUCCGCGACCGGGAAUUCGACGGCGACCAUCACUCCAUCCAGUAAUAAUCAUCAGGCCCCAGUGGUUCACAGUCUAUCUCCAAACCUUGCUGUCACCGCAGUCCGUGUCGCUCAGCCACCAGCAGCCGCGGUCGCGUACGCUACUGCCCACGGCCACGAUCCAAGCAUCUACAUCAUCGACUAUGUCCCCCUCAAAUAUGAAGAGCCGCAGCGCAUAGAAGAUUCGAUGCUUCGGGACACACAGUCGACGGCUGCAAUGCUUGCUCAAUUCCAUCAAAAAAAUGCACUUAUACGACGCGUGCUCGACUCUACCACGACUUCCCGUCCUCCCCACAAUUUAUCCUCGCCAUGA